AUGACUGUCAAGGACAUUGUUAAUAGCGCAUUUGCGCAGAUCGCAAUUGCAGACAUUGAAAAGAUCAUCAAAGAGCUUACUCAAGACGAGAAAGUGUCACUUCUGAGUGGCGAGGACUUCUGGCACACAGUCCCAAUUCCUCGACUGAAUAUCCCCUCAAUACGACUCUCCGAUGGACCCAACGGUGUACGCGGAACACACUUCUUCAGCAGUGUCCCGGCCGCUUGUCUCCCAUGCGGAACCGCAAUUGGAGCCACAUUCGACCGCGACCUUGCACUUGAGAUUGGUCAUCUUCUCGCUGCCGAAGCGAAAGCAAAAGGCGCGCAUGUGAUCCUGGGACCAACAAUCAACAUCGCACGCGGUCCAUUGGGCGGGCGAGGGUUUGAGUCUUACUCCGAAGACCCGUUCUUGUCAGGAAUUCUUGCGGGCCAUUAUUGCAAGGGAUUGAAGGAGAGGAACGUCAGUGCGACCCUCAAGCAUUUCGUCUGCAAUGACCAGGAGCACGAGCGGAUGGCGGUCAAUUCCAUUGUGACCGAUCGCGCGAUCAGAGAGAUCUAUCUGCUGCCGUUCAUGAUUGCUAUUGCGCUCGGCAAGCCCGAUGCUGUCAUGACUGCGUACAAUAAAGUCAAUGGCUUGCAUGCAUCUGAGAAUCGAGAGCUUCUACAAGAUAUCCUACGCGAGGAAUGGGGUUGGGACGGUUUGGUGAUGAGUGAUUGGUUCGGAACAUACAGUACCUCCGAAGCUGUAAACGCAGGUCUCGACCUUGAAAUGCCCGGCCCACCGAGAUGGCGUGGCGGGGCCUUAUCACACGCAAUCACAGCCAACAAGAUCCCGCUCGCUUCAUUAAAUGCGCGCGUUCGCGCAGUUCUGAAGCUGGUUCAAAAAGCAAGCAAGUCCGGCAUUCCUGAAAAGGCCCCAGAGACACAAUUGAACCGUGCAGAGGACAGAGCUCUGCUGCGCAAAAUUGCCUCGGAAGCUAUCGUCUUGUUGAAGAACGAGGAAAAGAUCCUUCCAUUGAACAAGGGCAAACGAAUUGCCGUCAUUGGGCCUAACGCGAAGAUCACUGCUUACUGUGGUGGCGGUAGCGCAGCCUUGAACCCGUACUACACCGUGACACCCUUGGACGGAAUUUCCAACUCCGCGAAAGCAGGUGUGGAAUUCGCUCAAGGUGUCUAUGCACACCAGAUGCUACCGCUUCUGGGCAAGCAGCUCCGCCUUGAGGAUGGCCAAACUGGCUUCAAACUCAGCAUCUUCAAUGACGCACCAGAUGUAGCAACACGCAAACCACUUGAAGAGCGCCACGAGACUGAUUCGAUGAUCAUUUUCAUGGAUUACGAUCACCCAGAUCUGCAAACAAUUUGGUAUGCCGACGCCGAAGGCUAUUUCGUCCCGGAAGAGUCCGGAAUCUAUGAUUUUGGUCUCACGGUCAAUGGAACCGCAAAGCUCUACGUGGAUGGAGAGCUAGUCAUCGACAACACUGUGAACCAGCGGCCAGGAACGAGCUUCUUUGGAAGUGGAACAUUGGAGGAGAUUUCUUCCCUAGAACUCGAGGCUGGCAAGAAAUACAAGGUUCUGAUUCAGUGGGCCUGUGGAAAGACCAGUACUUUCAAGGUCCCUGGUGUGGUUGAUUUCGGUCAUGGUGGCUUCCGCUUUGGAGCGUGCAAGCAGCUGUGUCCUCAGGCUGGUAUCGAGCAAGCAGUUCAGGUCGCUGCAAGUGUUGAUCAAGUUGUCCUGGUCGCGGGUUUGAAUGGAGAGUGGGAGUCUGAGGGCGAAGAUCGUGCCAACAUGAGCCUGCCUCCGAACACAGAUGAGCUCAUUUCGAGGGUCUUGAAAGCGAAUCCUAAUACUGUUGUUGUGAUCCAAAGUGGAACUCCGGUCGAGAUGCCUUGGAUCAAUGAAGCAAAGGCUGUCUUGCAUGCUUGGUACGGCGGAAAUGAGACUGGUAAUGGUCUCGCCGAUGUGGUCUUCGGGGAUGUGAACCCGUCCGGCAAACUUCCCCUCACAUUCCCCCGCCGACUGAAGGAUAACCCCACAUAUUUCAACUUCCGUUCCGAGGGCGGCCGAGUCCUGUACGGAGAGGACGUGUACGUGGGAUACCGAUACUACGAGGGACUAGAACUCGAACCCCUAUUCCCAUUCGGACACGGUCUCUCCUACACGACCUUCCAGGUCUCAGAUCUGAAUGUCAAUGACUCAGAAAAUAUUUUGAAUGUCAGCUGCAAAGUGCAGAAUACCGGCUCACGAAAGGGAGCAGAGGUCGUUCAGUUAUACAUUGCACCAGUCUCACCCCCGAUCCGACGCCCGUUGAAAGAGCUCAAGGAAUUCCGGAAGGUAUUCCUCAACAGCGGCGCCGAGGAAACCGUCACUAUCCCCCUUGACCUUGUCCGUGCGACUAGCUACUGGGAUGAGAAGAGCAGCAGCUGGUGCAGCUAUGAAGGAGCCUACAAAAUCAUGGUAGGAACUAGCAGUGGUGGGGAAUUUUUGGAAAAUGUCGUGAAUGUGAGUGAGACGACAUACUGGUCUGGUGGCUGGUAG